AGUGGCUCAGCCCCUCCUCUCAGUUGGAGGUUCCGAGGGCCGGUUGCUGCGCCGCUCCUCCCAGGAUGGCUGCCCUGGUUGUAAACAAGCCUGGAGCGGGGCUAGACAGUGGUCGACAGGGCAGCCGGGGAACGGCUGUGGUGAAGGUUCUGGAGUGUGGAGUCUGUGAAGAUGUCUUUUCUUUGCAAGGAGACAAAGUUCCUCGCCUUCUGCUAUGCGGCCACACAGUUUGUCAUGACUGUCUCACUCGCUUACCUCUGCAUGGAAGAGCAAUACGUUGCCCAUUUGAUAGACAAGUAACAGAGCUAGGAGAUUCAGGUGUUUGGGGGUUGAAAAAAAAUUUUGCUUUAUUGGAGCUUUUAGAACGACUGCAGAAUGGACAUAUUGGUCAGUAUGGAGCUGCAGAAGAAGCCAUUGGCAUAUCUGGAGAGAGUAUCAUUCGUUGUGAUGAAGACGAAGCUCAUGUUGCAUCUGUAUAUUGCACUGUGUGUGCAACUCACUUGUGCUCAGAGUGUUCUCAAGUUACUCAUUCUACAAAGACAUUAGCAAAGCACAGGCGAGUGCCUCUAGCUGAUAAGCCUCAUGAGAAAACCAUGUGCUCUCAGCACCAAGUACAUGCCAUUGAAUUUGUUUGCUUGGAAGAAGGUUGUCAGACCUGCCCACUUAUGUGCUGUGUCUGCAAAGAAUAUGGAAAACAUCAAGGUCAUAAGCAUUCAGUAUUGGAACCAGAAGCUAAUCAGAUUCGAGCAUCAAUUUUAGAUAUGGCUCACUGCAUCCGGACCUUCACUGAGGAAAUAUCAGAUUAUUCUAGAAAAUUAGUUGGAAUUGUUCAGCACAUUGAAGGAGGAGAACAAAUAGUAGAAGAUGGAAUUGGAAUGGCUCACACAGAACAUGUACCAGGUACUGCAGAGAAUGCACGAUCGUGUGUCCGGGCUUAUUUUUCUGAUCUACAUGAAACUCUGUGUCGUCAAGAAGAAAUGGCUCUAAGUGUUGUUGAUGCUCAUGUUCGUGAAAAACUGAUUUGGCUCAGGCAGCAACAAGAAGAUAUGACUAUUUUGUUGUCUCAAGUUUCAACUGCCUGCCUCCAUUGUGAAAAAACUUUGCAGCAGGAUGACUGUAGAGUUGUUUUGGCAAAACAGGAAAUUACAAGAUUAUUGGAGACAUUGCAGAAACAGCAGCAGCAAUUUACAGAGGUUGCAGAUCAUAUACAGUUGGAUGCCAGCAUCCCCGUCACUUUUACAAAGGACAAUAGAGUUCACAUUGGACCCAAAAUGGAAAUUCGAGUUGUUACAUUGGGAUUAGAUGGUGCUGGAAAAACUACUAUUUUGUUUAAGUUAAAACAAGAUGAGUUCAUGCAGCCCAUUCCAACAAUUGGUUUUAAUGUGGAAACUGUAGAAUAUAAAAAUCUAAAAUUCACCAUUUGGGAUGUAGGUGGAAAACACAAAUUAAGACCAUUGUGGAAACAUUAUUACCUUAAUACUCAAGCUGUUGUAUUUGUUGUUGAUAGCAGUCAUAGAGACAGAAUAAAUGAAGCACACAGUGAACUUGCAAAGUUGUUAACAGAAAAAGAACUCCGAGAUGCUUUGCUCCUGAUUUUUGCUAACAAACAGGAUGUUGCUGGAGCUCUUUCAGUAGAAGAAAUCACUGAACUUCUCAGUCUCCAUAAGCUAUGCUGUGGCCGCAGCUGGUAUAUUCAGGGCUGUGAUGCUCGAAGUGGUAUGGGCCUGUAUGAAGGGUUGGACUGGCUCUCACGGCAUCUUGUAGCUGCUGGGGUAUUGGAUGUUGCUUGAUUUCAAGUGCCAGUUAUUUAGUUUUGUGGUUAAGAGUUAUUUUGCACAUAGCACAUAAAAAAUUCUAUAUCUCAAAUACAGUAAUUUAAAGAUGUGCAUAGAAAAGAAUCUUGGAUUGGGGAUGAAGUAUGUUAUUGUUUUUAAAAAUUUACUCUGAAGAAAUGUGAAUUAACAAAGCAGAUUAGAUUGGAUUAGAUUUCUUAGAUAUACUUUCUCUUUAAAAGUAUAUUUAAGUUUUCCAGAUUAUAUGUUAUCCCAUACAUUGAGAAAAGAGUUGUCACAGAGAAAGGAUAAGUGAAGGUUUUUGUUUUUCCUAGUGAAAAACAGAUUCACCAACUGAAUGCCUAGUGGAGACUGUACAGAGCAAGGAAGUCAUAACUUCUUUAACUUGCCUUUUCACUGAAUUUUAGCAGUACUUAGUAAUAGACACGGCAGUUGCAUAAUGAAAUAGAAAAACUGCUUUUGGGGUAUUAAGAUUACUUCAAUGUUCAGUAUAAUAGAACAUCUUUAAUGCAAAGAACUAUAAGCUAUAAAGUUAAUAUUUUAUACAAUGUUUUAUUAAAACUUUUCUCCUAAAGCAUUUUGUAAAAAACAUAGAGAAUGAAAUAUCUAAUUAGGCCUGAAUGUCAGAGUAGUACUACUAAAUUGAAGUAAUUAAUAAAACUGUGAAAGUCAUUUGAUCUUUACCUAGGCUUAUUUCCUAGUCCAGAGCUCUAAAUUGAUUCUUCCAUUUCUCAACAUAUUCUUUUGUUUUAAAAUAUCCUGUCCUUUGUGGGAGUGACUAUAGGUAAAAUAUAGUCAGUCACACAAAGAACCAAUAGUCAGCUUUACAUAAAAGAGAACUAAAUAGAGAACUGCUUUUACCUUAAAGAGCUGUUGUUCCAUACAGCAGGGAACGCCUAUUACUUAUUUUUAAAAUACUUCCCAAAAUAAGUGCAUUUGUUUGACCAAAAAAAAAAAAAAACCAAAAAACCAAAAAAACCAUAAUUAAGACUUCAUGUCAAAGCCUCAUAGUUAUUUAAGAGGAAAUUCUUAUCUACAGAAGGAAACAAAACUUUCAUAAAGUUUACAUGUUAUGCACUGUUGUGAAUAAAUAAAAAGUGUGCUCUUUACUUUUUCUCCUUUUUACAUGAUAUUCAUUGAAGCAUGUUUUUAUUAUAUUUAAGUAUCUACUUUUCUGUGUUUUUUUAUGCUUUAAUACUUUCAGAUGUUCACUCUUCAGUCUUAUUAGUUGAAUUGUUAUAAGGACAGUGAUUUAUCUGAUGACAAGAUGUGACUUAAGUGGCAGUUUUGGUUCACUCUUCAAAUUUUUUUUUAAACAAUAAAUUUAGAAAACAAAGCAUUUAAAAGUCCAUCAGUGUUAUGGGCAACAUGUAAAUAAGUAUAAUAUUUAGUCCUUUAUUUUCAAGUAAAAGGUCAUGCUGUUACAAGUAGUUUAUGUGCAUAAGUGAUACUUUGGGAUUAAAUUAUUUAAUAUUUGACUGAUUUCAGUGUAGCUGUGAAAAAUAAGAAUGGUGUUUCAUUUGCCUGUGAGCCGUUGAACUGUUUUCUAUACUAGGUGAUUUAAAAAAGUAUAACAUUGACAUGUAAACUUGCUUUUCCGUAUAAAUUUUUGAUUUUACUAAACUUUGUAAUUCACAUUCUUAGCAUAUAACUGAACAGAAUUUUAAAAUUUGGCUCAGCCCUGACCAUAAUAUAUAUAUAUUGGUAGGGCUUGUGUUUGAUUUUUUCUUAAAUUUUUUUUCAUGCUCCCAUUACUAUUUGUGGUUGUAAUCUUUCACUAAUCAUUAGUCAAGAUUGUGCUACUUUCCCCUGGGAAAUGUCAAAUUUAAGAAUGACAGAUGUUUUAAAUACAACAUAUUAAGAUUUGCCACCUAGCUCUGAAUUUCUGUAUAUGUCUAAAUAUUAUUGGAUGGAUUAUAUAAAGCAGCUGUCUAGUGUAUAGCCUUGCUUUACAAUUCAGGAAUGCUUAAAACCACAGAAGCCAUUAUUUACUUAACAUAUAUGAUCAGUAUAGACAGCAAUAAAAUAUUAAAAUCAUUAUAAAGGAGAAGUCCUAUCAUUAUUCUACGUCUGUUUCUUGAACCAUGCAUCUAGAAUUACUGCUAUUAAGAAACUUAAAACAUCAUUAAGGAUUAGAGGUGUAUACCUAGCAUACAUGAGGCCCAAGUUUGAACCAUGGCACCAAAAUUAACAGUUAUCAUUUGUACUUUCGUUAGGAGAAACAGUGAAACAAAAGGGGAGGGGAUUUGAUUGUCCUACCAAAUUCUAGCUAUUUAUUUGAUGAAGCAAAAAUUUACAAAUAGUGCAUUCUUUGUUAAGAGAUCACCUUUAAAUAAUGCAACUGUGUUACAGAAGUGUUUUGAAGGGAGAGUUACACUUUGUAGUGAGCACUGGUUUUUUAGUUUUCACUGUUUUUUAAAUUUUAAAGAACAUGGCAUUUUAAAUGACCAUUGUUAGGAGGCCAGGGAUGUAGCUCAGUGGCACAGCACCUGCCUGGCAAGAACAAGCCCCUGUGUUUGACUCCCGCUACCAAGAAAGAAAGAAAAAAAAGACCAUUAAAAAAAAAUGGCUUGAGGUGUUAAGA